AUGAAAAAUAAAAAUAAACUGAAGCGAUGUUUAGAUUAUUUAAAAAACAACAAGGAAGAAAUCAUAGAAAAUUAUAACAACACGUUGCCUUCAACCAAAGAAAAUGUUUUAUUGAACUAUCUUAAAAUAUUAAAAAAGAAGCUACAAGAAAAAUAUGAUAUUCAGUUUUGUGAAUAUUUCUUUGAUGAAUAUGGAAUUAAAAAAAAUCUAUGCUCAUCAAUAAUACAAAUAUAUUUCCCCUUUGAUAAAGGAAAUAAUUAUAAAGAAAUAUAUUCCUUAAUUAAAAAUUAUUUUACCUAUGAAAUAUUGUUACAAAGAAAUAUUAAAACAUUACUUCUGCCAAAUGUAUCAUUAGUAUUUGAUUGGAAGAUAGCUGACUGUGCAGAUUUGGCUAGCAUUGUAGUAUCUUCUUUAAGAACAAAAAAUUAUGAAGCAUAUGUUGUGUGUGGUGAAGCGCCCUUUUCUAUAUGUUCUAAAAAUGAUAAAAAAAACAUUUGCGAUUUUGACUUGAAAGAAUUCAAGCAAUCCAAACGUGAAAAGGAAUAUAUAAAAGACAUCAAAGAGAAAAAGAAAAAGUAUGAAAUCAUUUUGAAUGUUAAUAAAGAAUUGUUAAAGAAAAAUAAAUUUCAAGAUGAAAAAAUAAUUUGUGAAAAUGAUUUUUAUAUUCAUAUGUGGAUUCUCAUAAAAAAAAGUUUAGAUUUAAAAAAGGAUGUUUUUAUAGAAAUGUCAUCUGGUAGAGAAUAUGAAAUUUAUGAUUGUCCUUAUAAGUCAAUUUUUUACUUGUGGAACGAGAAGAAUAUUUAUAUAAAUAUAAAUAAGACGGGGGAUAUACAAACAUUAAUGUCACAAAUUAAAAAUAAUGAAUAUUUUGUACAGGCCUUUUAUGAGGAAAUAAGAAAUAAGAGCUUAACACCUAUAAUUGAAAACAAAUUUUAUGUAAUAAGAAAAGAUAGGUUUCUUUUAAAAUAUCCUCAAGGUAGUAAUAUAAUCUUUUAUAAAAACUGCAAAAAAGACGAUUACGGAGAAUUUUUACAACAUGAUGGAUUAAUUUCUAUGCACACACAUUAUGAAAAUGAAUAUUACACAAGUGUUGAUUAUAUUUUUAAACUUUAUAAACAUAGGAGAGACAGAAAAACAGCUAAAAUAUAUAUUCCUCAAAAAUUUAAGACCAUAGAAUAUUACGACGAUUGUAGUCAUGAAUUUUUAAAAAAAUUCGAACAACGAAUAGGUUUUUAUUCCUUUUUCACCUUUUAUUUAAACCGACAUGAUGGAUUGAUAUACUAUUUUGAGAUAAAAGACUACAAAUUGAUGGAAUAUUUUAUCAACAGAAAUGACAAUGUAAUAUACCGGUCUGUCAAGCUUUCUCAGAAGAUACCUACAAUAUACAAACUACAAUUAUUCAACGGAAAAGAAUAUUAUGUCACAAAAAUUACUGUAAAGUACAUAAAUCAGCAUGUUGACAAUGGAGUAAAGAAGAAAGUAUUUUUAAUACCCGAAAGAAAAAUAAUAUUCGUUCUCUAUAAUAACUAUAACAAAAUAAGUAAUACGUGUGAAGUGUAUGAUAAAUGUAUACGAUAUAAUGAAGAUAUAGAAGAGGAUGAAGAAGUUCUUAUAUAUAAAAAACAUGCCAUCUAUAAACAUUAUAUAAAUCAUGACGAUGCGGUUGAAAAAAAUAUGUUAUAUUUACUUAAAGAAGAAGUUACUUUUUUUGAAGACAUUAAAUAUAUGUAUCAGAAUGUCAUAUGUUCUAUUAUGAAGGAAAAAGAAGACAUAAAUAAAAUGGAAGGGGAGUAUCAAUACAUGGCAAAUAAUAUUACCAAUUUAAGCGAAAUAGUUUAUCAUGAUAAUGAAAAAAUAAAUUAUUUUAAUAAAAGUUUAAUGGAAGAUAAUUUGAACAUAUAUAAUUUUUAUAAAAAUUAUCCUUGGAAUGAUUAUUUAGAGAUAUCAAUGAAAAAUGAUUUUUUCAUGUCAAAAAAUAAAAUGCUUCAAAUUGAAAAUGCACCAGAAGAAAUAGAUUAUGUCAAUUCGCAAGAAAAAAUUAAAAAAAGAAAUCAAAUAAAUAAAUCAACAUAA